GUACGCGCUCCCGCGCAGCGUGCGUCGUGACGCAGCCGGUCCGCCGCGCGAGGAAGUGGCGCUGUUGUUUGAGCGACGGGACCGUCUCGCUCUGUCUCGUGGGUUCGUCUGAAGAGGUUUUACCGUGUUUCGGUGAGUUCCGCCGUUCAUGCUCCAGGACUGAGCGCACUCCACAGCUCUCUCGUGCCGUCCGCUCAACAUAACCGCGAGUAAUGGCUGCUGAGGUGAAUGGCAGCUCCGGUCUGCUCAAAGAAGAAGAGGAGCCCAUGGAUGUGACUGCCACACACUCGGAGAACUACCAGACGCUGCUGGACGCCGGUCUGCCGCAGAAGGUCGCCGAGAGCCUGGACAACAUCUUCCAGACAGGGCUGGUGGCGUACGUGGAUCUGGACGAGCGGGCGCUGGAUGCGCUGCGGGAGUUUAAUGAGGAGGGAGCGAUGUCGGUGCUGCAGCAGUUCAAGGAGUCUGACCUCUCACACGUGCAGAAUAAGAGCGCCUUCCUGUGCGGCGUGAUGAAGACGUACCGGCAGCGGGAAAAGCAGGGCAAUAAAGUGCAGGAGUCCACGAAAGGCCCUGAUGAGGCCAAGAUAAAGGAUCUGCUGGAGAGGACGGGAUACACUCUAGACGUCACGACAGGCCAGAGGAAGUACGGCGGCCCUCCUCCAGAGGAAGUGUUUUCCGGCCCGCAGCCCGGCAUCGGCACUGAGGUGUUUGUGGGGAAGAUCCCGCGGGAUCUGUACGAGGACGAGCUGGUUCCUCUGUUUGAGAAGGCCGGCUCUAUCUGGGAUCUGAGGCUGAUGAUGGAUCCUCUCACCGGUCAGAACCGCGGCUACGCCUUCAUCACCUUCUGCAGCAAAGAAGCCGCGCAGGAAGCUGUCAAAUUGGUGAAGGUGCUGUUUGUGCGUAAGCUGGCCGCGCCGGUCACAGAGGAGCUGCUGGAGAACACCUUCUCUCAGUUCGGCAAACUGGAGCGCGUCAAGAAGCUGAAGGACUACGCCUUCGUUCACUUCGAGGAGCGAGACGCCGCAGUCAAGGCGAUGCAGGAGAUGAACGGGAAGCAGCUGGGCGGUGAGCAGAUCGAGAUCGUGCUGGCCAAACCUCCAGAUAAGAAGAGGAAAGAACGACAAGCUGCCCGACAGACCAGCAGAAGCACAGGGUGAGACGAUUAUA